AUGGCCAUAUUGAAUAAUAUUGGGAAAUGUGCCAACAUUAUAAUAGUAAUCUACAUACUGUUACCAAGUAAGUACUAGUACAUAACACUCUUUUUAGCAGUCUUGUUAGAUCUUGGUUGGUCGAUAAUCUUAGGAACCCUAUUUUAUCGCUUUUUCGCAGCCUUGUGUUAUCGACCGGUUGAGUUUUGUUAGCUGAUCAGCCCAGUAAUACCUAUAUUUUCUCUUUUUAAACUUAAAUCCUUAAACGAAAUGACACAUUGUAUGUACAUGACAAUGUGCAAAUUGAUAAAACAACGUAAUUGGCGACAAUCGAACAGUAAAUUUAUUGAACAAACAUACGACUUAAAAGUUUUGUUUACUUAUUUUGUUUGUCAUUACAAAACUUUUAUUACGUUUUUUGUGUUUUAAGCGUCUUAUUGUUUUUCAAUUUCAAAUGGCAUUUCAACUUUCAAUUUUUUAAAAACAGUCCUUUCACAUUUGAAAAAGUCAUUUUCUUUGCUUAUAUAACGUAUUCAUUCAGAUAUUAGAUUUUUCAAAUAAUUCCGUGCUCCGUAACCCCAAAAUAUGCUUUCAGUGGAGGUACAGAAUUAUUUGAACAGCCUAUUACACAACUUAAUAAUUUUAGUUAUUUUAGCCUUCAAAGCUACUUUAAAAAAAUUUAGUUCUGGCCAAUAAAAACGUCAUUUUAUAUAAAAAUCUAUUUUCGACAAUAACACUUCCAAAAUGGCAUAAAACUAAUCGAAAACAAUACAAAUUAAUAGAAACCAAUUAAGUUUUAUGUCUUUUUGUGCAGUUUCUAGGCCAUUUGUAUAUGACUUUAUGACUUUGCACCAUGAAUAAUAUUCUUUACAAUAGACUUGUUUCUUGAAUCAAAAUUCUCUUUAUUUCUUUCAUUUACUUUGUUUUGAAGUAUGUUAUAGUACUUGGUUUGAUUGUUAGAGUUGUUCCUUAAUUUUUAUACGUAAAGUAUUGUAAAUGAAUACCUAGUAUUAAUUUUUCUACUUUACUGUAACGUUCAUUGUAUAUUAUUUUAGAAUUCUCAUACUGCCUUCUAAAUUAUAAGACCUUAAUUUGUAAUUUCAUAUUAUACAUUGUUGGGUUAUGACAUUCUGUGCAGUUUUAGUCAUCAUCAAUGCUUUAGGUAAUAUCAGAUUUAACUUUUACUGUUGUUUAUCAAUACCUGGUCGUUAAAAGUGGUUGUCUUUAAUUACGACAAGUUGAAAAAAACUUCUGUUAAUUUAAGCCCGGCUUGUAAACAUCAAAGGAACCGAUGGCAACCGCAAAGGCAUUCCUGGUACUUCUUUAUCUUAAUAUGUUUUGUAUACUACACUAUAGUUUUUUACAGUUUUAAUAUUGUUUUGGUUUCACCAACUAUAAUUAACGUUUAGCAAUCUAUAACUUUCAAAAUUAAAAAAUUUUUUGAACAAAUUCUAUCAUCUAAAGCCAUACCUCCAUUCUUUCACAUAUAAUAUAACCCUUUACUAUGUAAUCGCUUAACAGUAACGUGUCGAAAUAAGAACAAGUUUGGCUUCCGGCCUGUUCUUUCCAAAAAUAAGUUUUCCGUCUUAUUACACUACUCUGUAAACUCGAUAUUUUGCUCGAUUUCACUUUUCUGACCUUUCGAAAAGUUAAAUUUCAAGGUUGCUAAGCGUUUUAAAGCGAAUUUCACUUUCCGUCUCUUUAAACUUGCCGACUAAUUAGCAAAUUUUUGUAAUUAAUUACUCGAUGACACAUUUGAGAAUUGAUAGCUGCGAUGACAAUCUCAUGGCCCGUAUUUUACAAUAGCAUAUAAUCACAAGAAGCAAUAUGAAAAAGAACUUAUUUAUACUGGGUUGUUCAAAUAAUUAUGUGCCUCCUCUCAAAACAAAUAUUCAAAGUUAGGAGGCACAGCAUUAUUUGAACAAACUAAUAAUUUAGUUUUCAUAAAAAACCUUAGAAAACAUUAUGUUGUAGUAGGUAAAAGCGCAUUUUUACUACAGUAAAAACCAUGAAAAUCCUCUAAUAUCAAUUUGACAAUAGUAAAUCUAGCCUUAACACUACCACAUGAUCACCUGCUGCAACCCAUCAACCAUAACUUAUAAUUUCCGCUUUCGAUUUGCGACAAUUUUUUGCAGCGACAAAGAUCAAACGUUGACUUCACUUUUGUUAUAGUUUGUAGUAAUAUGCGUGUCAAUAUUUGACGUAGUAAAUUGAUAAUCAGGUCAAAAACUUUAAACUUUCAAAAAUCUUCUUUACAUUUAUACAAAAAAUCAAUCAUAGAACAAAAAUAAACUUUUACUAGGUUUAUAUUACAGUAUCUUUAACUCAGUACAAGACUUUAGCCUUUUUACUGAAUUAAGUAACAUUUUUACAUUAAAGCCUAAAAAUUUUAACAACAUAAUCCACCCUUCAAAUCAAGCCUAAAAUCCCCUUCUAAACGUCUCUUUUCCUUCAUAUAAAAUGGCUUUUAAAUUUUAAAAUUUAUGUUCAAAUAAGCCUCUAAUUCCUCAAUUUAAGCCUAUAAACCCAUUGUUUUACCAUAAUUUGUUUGCUGCAAAUUCGUAGCCAUUUUUCAGCGGAAAACGCAUCGUUUUUCAUUAAUUUAAGCCAAAAAACCGGGCGCACUCCGGAGUUUUCCUCCAUUUUGGGGUAAUCGAAUGAAAAGGACCGGUAAAGGUUACCUGAACACAAAAACGAACUCUUUAAUAAGACAUAAUAGCAAGGCAAACAACCGGUAUCGGUAAUUUGGGUCUAUGUGUGUAAAAAUACAUUAUUGGAGACGAAUUUCACAAACUUAAAUUUUAAAGUGUCAACGUGGCAAAAUAUGUAACUCUAUUCAUACCUAGUCGUAUAUAAUCCCUUAGUUUAUGCCUGUUUAGUUUCGAAAUUCAAAAAAAAAGUCCAAAAAAAGCUUGUUUUCUUUGUUUUGAAGCCAGAAACAGUAAAACACCAUAAAAAUGUCAUAAGUCUUAUCUAAAAAUAAGAAAAUAUAAAGCAGCUUUUGUAAUAAAACAAAAAACAUUUUCAGCAACGAAUUCUCUCCGAUUCCCAGCAGAAACAGAAUCAGAAGACAAAUCAGAAGAGUCGAUGUGGCCAUAUCCAACCUACAAACCGAUCAGCUGGGACAAGUACUACGCUCAUGACAUUCAUGACAGUAAGUUACAUACUUAUUAGCAUUAAUAUAUAAGCUCUAUGUAAAUUUACUAUAUCUUAAAGAAAAAAGUUAUACGACGUAUUAUACGGUAUCUGUAGUAAAUAUAUAAUAGAGUACGUCCUUUUUAAAGGUUCAUUUUUAUAGUAUUAUAUCGUUAAAACUCAGAAAAUUUAAAUUUCAGAACAUUUAUCGUUGACCAGCGGCUUAGCAGCUGGUAUUACUAUAGGAGUAUUUUUCGCCGUAUUUCUACUCACUUUUGGCUGCCGUCUAUAUAGUCAGCGACACGAAUCUCGAGCCUGUACACCUACUGGGCCAGCAGGUAAGUUUACGUUAACAUUUCAAUCAACCAACGUAAAGCUUUCUUAUCAUAUUAAUUAUAAAAUCGUAUUUCAAAAUAAACAAUAUAAUACACAGUAAUAAAGUAAAAUUUUUACCCUACUUAACGUUAAAUACAUAUACUAACACGAACUCUUUCUUACACACAUAAAAAUAUAUAUUAUUAUUUACUAUGCACAACAGUUGAUAGCAAAAGUAAAUCCAUCAACCAAUAAAACCAUUUAGAGUACCCAGGAAGACGGCUAUCAGUAUCAGACCUCAUGAAUUGUAACCCGGACCCUCCACCUCCAUAUGAGGUGGCUAUCAGGAUGCCACACCAAGACCGACCUCCGCCUUUUACUGAGCGGCCUACACAUCACACAACAGUGCCAUCCACAAGUACGCCUACUGGGACAGUUUCCAUGACACAGGAAACGCAAUAA